CCGCCAUCGGGCCCCGCCCGGCCAUGCAGCGGGGGGGGCCCCCCGAGGUGACGUUCGAGGAGGUGUCCGUGGGUUUCUCCCCGGAAGAGUGGGCGGAGCUGCGGCCGUGGCAGCGGGCGCUGUACCGAGAGGUCAUGUGCGACAACUACGACCUGGUGGCCAGCCUGGACCCCAACUCCGAGUUCAGCCACAUGAAGGAGGAGUCAGCCGGGCGGGGUCCCUGCGCUGGGGGGCCCAGCGGAGCUCCCGGCACCACCGACACCUGUGCCUGGGGCGGUUCUGACAGCAAGGAUGGCACCGUGGGGCACUGGGAGCCGGGCUCCGAUGUCCCCCGCUCGGGCCGUGCCCGGCUCCUCACCGAGGCCGCGCCCCGGGCGGACCCGGACCGGCCCCACCUGUGCGGCACCUGCGGCAAAUCCUUCCGGCACCUCCGCAGCCUCCUGGCGCACAAGAAGCUGCGCGGAGGGGCCCGGGCCCGGCACGGCUGCGCCGAGUGCGGCCGCACCUUCUGCCUGCGGGGGGACCUGCUGCGGCACCGGGACGCGCACCGGGCGCGGGCCCCGGGCCCCCGGCGUGCGGGCCCGGCCGAGGAGCGGCCCUUCGUGUGCGAGCGCUGCGGGAGCGCCUUCAGCUGGAGGGAGAGCCUGCAGCUGCACCUGCGGGAGCACCGCGCCCCCGAGCGCGCCCACCCGUGCCCCGAGUGCGGCCGCGUGUUCCCGCACCCCCGGUACCUGUGGCUGCACCGCCGGGCGCACUCGGGGCUGCGCCCGUUCCGCUGCGCCCGCUGCGGCCGCGCCUUCGCCUCGCAGGCCAACCUGAGCACGCACCGCAGGACACGGCGGCGCUGCCGGCCCCGCGGCCACGGCCCCCGCGGGGACGGGGACAAGGACAGGGACACCCAAACUUUCUCAUUGGUCUGA